UGUCUUCUGACAUGCGCUGUGAACCCUAGCAACCGACAUCACAUCACGAUGGACGGCGAAGAGGAACAAGCUACUUCUGCUGGAGAUACCAAUAAUGAACCUGGUCAAGGGGAGACAACUCAAGACACAGGCGAUGCCCCUGUUGAAGUGUCUGAGCAAGGUGCCAACACCAGUCGACCCCCGAGCGGGGCAGGGAUACAAGCAGGAGGAGCUACGACGGGUGAAGGUACAGUGAACGUUGAGGAACAAGCAGAACAAAGUGAAGCUAAACAGGAAGAAGGAGCCCCAGAAGUAGGACAACAGAAAUCUGAAGAGGCAACAACUGCUCAGGAUCCUGAGGUGUCCCAACAGGAAACUGAGCCCAAGGGUCAGGACGAACCCAAGACAGACACCACUACUGAUGGCCAGAAAGAAAUAACAUCCGAGGAUCAAAAAGAAACCGCAGGUGAAGAUCAGAAAGAAACCACAGGUGAAGAUCAGAAAGAAACAGCAGGUGAAGAUCAGAAAGAAACAGCAGGUGAAGAUCAGAAAGAAACAGCAGGUGAAGAUCAGAAAGAAACUACUGGUGAUGAUCAGAAAGAAACAAGUGAGGCAGCUGCUAAUGACACUGGAGCUCAGCAGGAAGCAACAGCUGAAAUAAGUCCUCCCCAGACGGAAGGACAAGCACCUGCUGAGGCCCAGCAGGAGACCCAGGAAAAGGGUCAGCUGGAUGAGCAAUCUUCUGAGAAGCCACCUGAGCAGACUGGGGAUGGGUCUGGGGAUAAACCUCUGGAACAGAGUGAGGAAGCGAAAGAAGGGGAGGCAACUCAAGAGGAAGCAAAAUCAGAUGAGACAACAGACCAGACUGCCAAGACAGGGGAGGUAACUGAGGAUGGAGAGGCUGCAGGUGACAGCAAUCAGAAUGCAGAGGGUGAGGAAGCUGACCAAUCCCAGAAUGCACUUGAGGGUGAAGAAGGUGAGCAGGACACAGAUCCUAAAGAACAGGAACUCCUCAUCCCUGAAGAUUUCUACUACAACUUUGAGGAACAAGUUUCCAAGGCCAAGGUGACCCAAGACUCGGGCCUCCCAGAAGACUUGCUCACUCUACAACAUUCAUUUGGUUACGACUGUUGUCGCCGUGCCAAUCUGUUCAUGCUCGACUCCAAUACGUUGAUCUUCAUCGCGGGUAACCUGGUCCAGUUGCUGGACAUCAACACCAAGGAACAGCGCUACAUCCGCAGCACCAGCGGGGGCGGCAUUGGUGCAUUGGCAGUUCAUCCCAGCAGGAAGUACUUUGCUGCAGCAGAGAAGGGUGAUGGUCCCAACAUCAACAUCUUUGAGUUCCCUUCUCUUAAGCUGUACCGGAUCCUGCGUGGGGGCACGGAGAGGUCCUAUUCCUCUCUAGACUUCAGCUCUGAUGGCGAGCUGCUGACCUCCGUUGGUGGAGAGCCAGACUUCAUGCUGACUGUGUGGAACUGGAAGCAAGAGAAGACCAUGCUGCGAUCCAAGGCGUUCUCCCAGGAGGUGUUCCGGGCAACGUUCUCCACAGAGCUGGAGGGACAGCUCACCACAGCUGGAACAGGACACAUCAGGUUCUGGAAAAUGGCGGACACAUUCACUGGCCUGAAGCUACAGGGAGAGCUGGGGAGAUUUGGUAAGACGGAAAUCUCGGAUAUCGAUGGCUACGUGGAGCUGCCCGACGGCAAGGUGUUGUCAGGGACAGAGUGGGGCAACAUGCUGCUGUGGGAAGGAGGACUCAUCAAGGUGGAGAUAGUUCGCAAGAACAAGAGGUCCUGUCACCAUGGUGCCAUACAGCAGAUCCUGCUGGAUGAGGGAGAGCUGAUGACCAUAGGGGUGGACGGAUUCAUUAGGAUGUGGGACUUUGAGUCUAUAGACACGGCAGACUCCACUGAUGACACGGCACGGUUCGAGAUGGAGCCCAUGAAUGAGCUACAAGUGAACCCCGAUGCCCAGCUCCGCUCCAUCGUCAAGUCAGUGGAUGACGAGAAUGAACCCACCAUAUGGUACUCACAGGAUGCUAAUGGGGGGAUCUGGAGGCUGGACCUGUCCUUCUCACACACAUCCCAGGCUCCUGAGAAGCUGAUGACAUACCAUGCCGGCCCCAUCACUGACUGUAGCACUUCUCCCAUCACACACCUCACAGCCACCAUUGGCGUGGACAACACUGUGCGUGUGUUUGACUAUGUCCAGAUGAAGCAGGUGUGUGAAGGACGCUACACGGCUAGUGGCAGCUGCCUCCUGUGGACCCCUCAGAUAGUUGACACAAAGGGAAGCACGUUGGUCGCAGGCUUUGAGGACGGAGUGGUCCGAGUACUGACCGUCAACAAGCUCCCUGAACCGGCCCGACAUCGCAGCAAGUCAGAGGAGUGUGAGUUGGCCCUCAAACAGGUGUUCAAGCCCCACAGGACCACAGUGACAGCGCUGGCCAUAGACAGCAAGGGGGAGAUGUUGGCUUCAGGGGGCGCUGACAACACUGUGUUCUUCAUGAACUUUGGGAACAAGGAGUUGGAGCCGAUCGGCUAUGUGCCCGUCCCAGCGCCGGUGCGCAGCAUGCAGUGGUCACCAGACAAGUUUAACAAGACAACGCUGCUGGUGUUCUGUGAAGAGGGCAAGGUGGUGGAGAUCCAGGCUCCGGAACCGGGCAAGUUUGACACUUCUCACUCCUUCCACAUCACCGGACUCCAGAUGAAGACAUUCACCUUCCGCAGCAUCAAGUCCAGGCUUCGGCAUGAAGAGGAGAUGGAGAGGAAGCGCAUCGAGGAAGAGGCUCGCAAGAAGAAGGAGGACGAAGACAGAAGGAAGAGGAUAGAGCGAGGCCUGGAGACGGAGUCUGAACAUGGGGAUGAAGAAGAGGAAGAAAAGAAGCCUGUUGCAGAGGAAUGGCAUCCUUACAUCCCAGAUGUCCCCAGCCCCAUAAUGCAAGGCUUCUACUCCCAGGAGGGCUGCUUCUGGUUGUCUAUGGGUGGCUUUGAUGCGGGCUACUUGUAUGAGUGUAAGUUCCUCACGGACACAGAGAAGUCUACGAUGGCCGAGCAGUUAGUGGAUGAACCAAUACGAGCAGUCCCUGUCCUGGAGUCUGACGAUGUCCCUGUCUCCGUCAUCGAGUUCAGCAACUCUGGCCAACAAGCUCUCUUCGGUAUGGAGAACGGAAUGAUCCGAGUUCAACAGUUGGAAAAUAAGUUUGACAUCUCCGACCUGGGUCCAUACUGGUCACUGAGUAUCCAUGACAACAACUAUGGUCAUGUGACAGCUCUCAGAACGAGCCACGAUGGGACAACACUGUUGUCGGUUGGCGCUGAUGGCAACUUCUUCCAGUUUGGCUUCAUGGAUGAUGAGAGGCUUGUGAAGAAGAUUGCUGAGAACAAGGCCAAGAUCCCAUCAGCCAGGAAACAAGAAGCCAGAGAGCGGGCUAUUGAUGACAUAGAUGACCCUAAUGCCUACAGUAUCGAGGAUGCAAAGCAGAAAUCUGAAUAUGACAAGAUGAUGAAGGAAGCUGAGGAAAAGAAGAGAGAAGUGCGACGUAACAUCGCUAAGCUGCGGCGCCAGUUCCGUGGGGUGCUGGAGAAGAACGAGUCCCUCCCCAGACACAUCCAGCUACUGAAAGGGGAGUUUGAGAUGGAUCGGGAGAUCAAGUCCGAGCUGGAAAGACAUACCAAUGAGAAGAUUGAAGUGGUGCGUCGGGAACUGGCCUGGGAGUCGGAGAAGCACCGGAUAGCCCUCGAGAAACUCCGCAAGAGGUUCAAAGACGUUGUGGAGUGUGAUAGGAUUGUACUAAAGGCGUUCCUCACCCCCCAUGAGGUCUCCAGCUUCCGUGCCAACAAACUCUCGGAUGACUUCUACCAGCUGAAGGCCGACUUUGAGCGUCGCCGCACACUCCACUACACCAAGGACGACCUGACCAGGGACCCCACUCGGGACCUGGCUACUGGCCAACAUCGGGGUGAAGACAGCGGAGACGGCAGUGGUGAGAAGACGGAUGAGUCGAUGGGGGCGAAGGUGGUGACCUCCCUGAAGGGCAGCAUGGGAGAGAGGAUCACAAAGGCCCUCAAGAAGGUUGAGGAGAAGAAGAAGAAACGUGCGGCCAGGAGGGCACAGUGGGAGGACCUGUACAUCCAGAAGCCUGACGAUGACUACGAGGACCCAGCGGACGUGUCGGGCAUCAAGGAAGCCAAGGAGAACAUGGGUGACUACAAGCUGAAGACUGCCCCCGACUAUGUAGUGCCGGACCACCUCCGCAUGAACGUGGAGAAAGCCAGGGGGAGACUACUCGUACUCAAAGACCUGAUCCAUGAGCACAAGUACAACUUCAACGUCAAGCUGCUGGCAUUGAGGGACAAGAAGAUCCGCAUCAUCGAGGACAUCCACAACCACGUGCACCAGCUUCACAAUGUCCAGACUCGCCUUUCCCCAGAUAGACACCAACCAAUCCCCGCCAUCCCUGAAAUGCACAUGGAGGAGCUCCCUGAGAAGCGCAUGGAGUAUACACGAGAGACACUACUGCAGUUCAAGAAGGACAUGGAGUCCCAGAGAUUAGCAGAGCAGAAGAAUAAGGCAGGAGGGAGCGGAUUCGGUGCUGGCUUUGGAGGCUUCGGUGGCGGCGGUGGUGGUGGAGAGCAGAAGGCACCCACCUCGACCACACACCAUCGUAUUUCCCCGCCUCCAGCAACCAAGCAGUCUUCUCUGCUCAGUGCUCCGAAAACUGAGGCAUCCACAGUCAGCGCUGGCACGGAGGGAGAGGAAGAGUUGUCUCCCCUGGAGCAGCAGAUCAGGCAGAUAGAAGAGAUCAGACUUACAUACGAGCAGGAUGAUCUCCUCAACAAGAUAGAGGAGCUUGUGAAGAACUUUGAUGCUGAGCUCCGUCUCCUCCGACAUGACAAGUUUGAGCUGGACAUUGUCAUGAAGAAUGCUGAUCUUAGACAGGUGACACUAUUUGAGGAGCUGGUCCUUCUGAAGGAGUAUGAGAAGAGUGAGGAUGUCCUGGCAGCCAAGGUCACCGGCAAACAGCAGGAGAAGCUGGAGAUGCAGAACAAGAUCCUGGAGGUGCAAGGGAAGAUGGAUGCGAAGAAGAAGGACAUUGAGAAGCUGCAGGAGAAAGAGAGAACGCUGCAUGCCACCUUCGUCACCUCCCUUGGAGACAACAACAAGUUUGCUGACUACCUCACCAAGGUGUUCAAGAAGAAGAUCAAGAGGACCAAGAAGAAGACUGCUGAGGGUGACGGUUCUGACGAGGACAGUGACGAGGACUCUGAUGAUGAGUCCGACUGGGAGGAGUCAGAUGAGGAGUCUGACGAGGAAGCUGGGGGAUUUGACCUGGAUGUGUGUCCUCCUGGCUGUGACCAGACGCUGUAUGACAACACAUGCCAGCUGCGAGAGAAGAGGCUGGACCUGGAGGAAGCAUUGGCUGAGGAGAAGAAGAACCAGGACACUAUGAAGAAGGAGCUGGAGGGUCUCAACAAAAAGGCCAGGGUCAUUGACGCUGCCCUCAAGACAGCACAAAAUGAUCUUGAGGCCUUCCAGCUUGAGAAGCAGCAGAAGCUGAACGAGCUUGAUGUGGUGGUGACACUGAAGCUCAACCAGAUCCAGUACAUGGUGAAUAACGUGCUGCCCCAGGACCUGAGUCAGACCCUGGUGUUCGAGUCCAAUGGCGUUGUCCGUCUACAGCAACGCAUCAAGGAGCUGGAGCACGAGAAGUUCCUGCAGAAGAAACAGAUGAAGGAGUCCCGACGGAAGCAUGUGCAGCUCAUCAAGGACCGCAAGGUGUUCGAGCAGAAGAUUGUGGAGAUGGACGAGACGUGCAACCAGAUGAUGGUCAGCAAGUUUGGCCGCAUCGUGGACCUGGAGAAACUGGAGACGGUCACUGUGAACCGCAACAUCGAGGAACUGAAGGAGAAGUGCCACAUCACCGAGAUACAGUGUGCCGAGGAGCUGACUCAAUGGGAUAAACUGAUAGCUGAGAAGCGCAGUCGAAUCACAGAAUUGAUCCGAGACAACACAAACCGCCUGGAGCAGCUGAACAUGCUGAUGACAGAGAAGAAGGACUUUGAGUCAUCACUGGACUCUCGCCAGAAGAACUUGGGUGAGGAGUACACAGGCCAGCGCAAGGCUGACCUCAACGAGAAGCAGCGCCUCAUCCAGCUGGUGCAGCUGCAGGCCCAGGAGAUCGACGCCCUGAAGGAGGAGAUCAUGCUGCUUUCCAGGAAAGGAGGUCACAUUCUACCCCCGGCCCAGCCCCCCGCUGCCCCAGAGUCCCCCCAACCUACACAGCAUCAACCACUGACAGCAGCACUCUCCUGUCCAUUUGCAGCCACAAGCGACCCUUGGAACAUGAUCUACUGGUUUUCUCGGGAACCUCAUCAUCUGACAUAUCUUUGAAUAUUUGCCAUCGUCUUGAAGUUUUACAGAUCUUAUCUGUUUUGCAGGACAAUAAAAUGACUCUUUGAUCUUCAGACUUUUCAUUCACUUUGUCAUUCACAGAGGUUAAAUGAAGAAUAACUGAUAACAAUUUUCAUGGAAACAUCUUUGAUCAAAUGAUUCAACUUAAAUCACAGUAGCAUGUGAGAAAUGGUUUAUAUUCAUAAUAUGUUUAGUUUUGUCUAUAUAAACUGGUUGUACUGAAGCACCAACUCUGGUAAAAGCGACAUCCCAAGUGGCACUCUUUGAUCCUAGUUCAUACAAGCCAAAACAGACAGUAUUAUAUUUCGCUGGACACUUAGUGUGUUCUCUUACACCCAUCAGUGUAACCUAACCUAGAUGCUGUACAUGAUAUGUGAUGCCUGUCUUUGUGUGUGCUGGGUACAUCGUGUGAAGCCCAUUUCUGGUGUCUCCCGCUGUGAUGUUGCUGGAAUAUUGCUAAAAGCGGUGUAAAGCCAUACUCACUCACUCACUCUGUGUGUGUGCUCCUGUGUCAUCUGUUCACUGAAGGAGGUUGAUCCUACUGACAAGUACCAUGUAACACACAAGCACCAUAUUCCUUGGUGUGUUGACUUCAUAUUCCUGAAACAUGGAGUUUUACCAUUCUGUUAACUGUUUUUUUAAUUAUUAAUCAGUUUCAAAGCAUUAUUGUUGAUGUUUUCAUUCCGGUUUUGUAUCCACUCCGUCCAAGAAAUUAUGUUUUUGUAAGUUGUAACAGACUGUUAUGUAAUUGUGAAUAUUUAUAUGAAAUAAAUUAUACAUAAUA